CCCUCUCUUCUCGCCAGGGCAAGCGGACACCCUCUGCCUGCCUUUGCUGGGAGCCACAAGCAGAAAAACCAGCCCCGUCUAUCGCAAGGACCUGCAGGGUUCCUGCAUGCCAGCGGCGACGAAGGCUGCCAUGUCUCUGGUGGGAAGCCAAGGCAUCGUCUCGGCCACCGAGGUCCUCCUGGCGGCUGCCGUGUUCUGCCUGGUGUUCCUGCUCAUCCAGUCCCUCCGGCAGCAUGUGCCCAAGGGGCUGCGGAGCCCCCCCGGCCCCAGGGGCUUCCCCAUCCUCGGCAGCAUGCUGGAGCUGAGGAAGGACCCGCACGUGGUGCUGGCCCGGCUGAGCCGGCAGUAUGGGGACGUGAUGGAGGUGCGGAUCGGCACUCGGCCCGUGCUGGUGCUGAGCGGGCUGGACACCAUCAAGCAAGCCCUGGUGAAGCAAGGAGAAGACUUCAUGGGCCGCCCCGACCUCUACAGCUUUCGCUACGUUACGGAUGGGCAGAGCCUGACCUUCAGCUCUGACUCCGGGGAGAUGUGGAAAGCCCGCAGGAGGCUGGCCCAGAACGCCCUCAAGACCUUCUCCAUCACCCCCAGCCCCACGGCCUCAUCCAUCUGCCUCCUGGAGGAGCACGUCUCCAGGGAGGCCGAGUACCUGGUCACCAAGUUCCUGCAGCUCAUGAAGGAGGAGAAGAGCUUCGACCCUUACCGGUACCUGGUGAUGUCCGUGGCCAAUGUCAUCUGUGCCAUGUGCUUUGGGAAGCGGUAUGACCACAACGACCAAGAGCUGCUCAAUAUAGUGAACAACACUGAACAGUUUGAUAAUGUGGCUGCUUCUGGCAACCCUGCAGACUUCAUCCCUGUGCUGCAGUACCUUCCCAGCCGCGCCAUGAAAUUAUUUGUAGAUUUCAACAAGUCCUUCGUCCAUUUCGUGCAGAAGUUUGUCAAAGAGCACUACGAGACCUAUGACAAGAACAACAUCCGAGACAUCACUGACUCCCUCAUUGAGCAGUGCCUGGAUAAAAAAGUGGAAGCAAAUCCUGCCACGCAGAUCCCUAAGGAGAAGAUUGUCAACCUUGUGAAUGACCUCUUUGGUGCAGGCUUUGACACUGUGACCACUGCCCUGUCCUGGAGCCUCAUGUACCUCGUGAUAUAUCCCGACAUCCAGAAGAGGAUCCAGAAAGAACUGGACCAGACCAUCGGCCAGGAGCGGAGACCGAGGCUGUCGGACCAGGGCACGCUGCCCUACACAGAAGCCUUCAUCCUGGAGGUGUUCAGGCACUCCUCCUUCAUACCCUUCACCAUCCCGCACAGCACGACCAGGGACACGGUGUUGAAUGGUUACUACAUCCCAAAGGACCGCUGCGUGUUUAUCAACCAGUGGCAAGUAAACCAUGACGAGAAACUUUGGAAGGAUCCACUGACCUUCAACCCAGAGCGUUUCCUCACUGCUGAAGGCACCGAAGUGAAUAAAGUGGAAGGGGCGAAGGUGCUGAUUUUCGGCGUGGGGAAGAGGAGUUGCGCUGGGGAGACCAUUGGGAGGUGGCAGGUCUUCCUUUUCCUGACCACCUUGCUGCAGCAGCUGGAGUUCAGUGUGUGUGAUGGCAAGGAGGUGGACAUGACACCAGUCUAUGCACUGACCAUGAAGCACCGCCGGUGUGAGUACUUCCAGGUGAAGCAGCGCUUCUCCAUGAGGAGCAUGAGCUGAGCAGAGAGCUUAUCCAUUGCCUGGACAUCACCAGGAAGGCAAAGACCUGGGUGUCCUUGGAGCAAAACUGGGUCUGGUACAGCUAUAUGGGCUGAUGAAAUAAACUGAAGCUGUUGGAA